CGCCUGAAUGAUUCAUCGUUCAUCGUGCUGUGCGUCUACGCGGGCAGCCUCGCUCUGCGCCUGGCCAAGCAGGUGACGCUCGAAGCAGCCGGCGAGCCUCAGAAGCGAGAGAGGAAGAGAGAGCGCGCGCGGCCCUCGGGCUUCUCCCGGUCCAAAGAGGUUGCAAAAUACAGAUUGACGGCACCAUGGCUACUACUGUGCUUUGCAGCAUGAUACUUCUGCUGACCUUUAGGCUGACUUUGACUUUUAGUCACAAUCCCAGGAGCCCAGACAGAGUUUCUGAAGCUGAUAUCCAAAGACUUCUACAUGGGGUAAUGGAGCAGCUGGGCAUUGCUAGACCCAGAGUCGAAUACCCAGCGCACCAAGCAAUGAAUCUUGUAGGCCCACAGAAUAUUGAAGGUGGUGCCCAUGAAGGACUUCAGCACCUUGGUCCUUAUGGAAAUAUACCAAAUAUUGUAGCUGAGUUGACAGGUGACAACAUACCUAAAGAUUUCAGUGAAGAUCAGGGAUACCCAGAUCCUCCAAAUCCUUGCCCAAUUGGAAAGACAGUUGAUGAUGGAUGCCUCGAAAACACACCAGAUACAGCUCAGUUCAGCAAAGAAUACCAACUUCACCAGCAUCUUUUUGAUCCAGAACAUGACUAUCCAAGCAUGGGAAAAUGGAAUAAGAAUUUACUCUUUGAGAAAAUGAAGGGUGGACCAAAAAGAAAGAAAAGGAGUGUAAAUCCAUAUCUUCAAGGACAAAGGCUGGACAAUGUUGUAGCAAAGAAGUCUGUUCCACAUUUUUCAGAUGAAGAGAAAGAGACUGCAGAAAAUGAAUGAAGCUUUGUGGAAAGCCCUAAUACGGCUUAUAUAAUCCCUGCAUAAUCAGUGAUUCAAAUCCUCAUAGUGGUUGCAUGUUUAUUACUUAUAUAUUUGUUGCUGAAAAGCAGCUGGAUUUGUAGCAUUUGUUAUCCUAGAUACAUGAAAAAAGUUGUGUUUUUUGUUAAGUUACAGUAUUAGGAAGCUCUUGAUUUACUUUAGACCUGGAGCAAGCUUUGAAAAAAUUAUCAUUUUAAUAACUGGCGUGAAUUAAACAGCUUUAUGAAGCAGCUUGUAAAGAAGAGGACCAUUUUUCAAAAAUUUCCUAUUAUUGUACUUAUGAUGUGAUGUUUGCUCUCUGGGAACAAUUAUUUCAUUAAGUUUUGUUUGUAAAUAACUGCCUAAUUCACAAUAAAUGUCAGAUACUUGCUGCUUGUUUUAAUAAACACUGAAAGCAAUCUUCAGUAUUUGCAUGGAUA